AUCUAGUUUACGAAUAUUGUGUGUGUGUGUGUGUUUGAACAAUGAACCGUAGUAACCGUUGGUGCUUAUGAACCCCACAUCUAAAACUAAAGUUUGAACAUGCCAUGUUUGCCCCGGUAGAUCCUGCAUUCUUUUUGUCAUUACUAUUAUAAAUAGACACGACGAUCUUCAAUUCUUACUAAUGAUCUAAUAUUAUUAUUAUUAUAUAUUUUGUAAAUCAAAUUCCUAUAAAAGAAAAUCAAUAAUUCAUAAUGUCUUCUGCUGCUAUACCAAAAGGACCUCCACCACCAUACUCAGAAGAAACACAAACAGAUAUCAAAACUCAUCAACCACUUCAAACUAAUCAAGAUUCCAAUAAAAGUUCUAAUCAAACUGAAAACAAGAAAUCAUGCCCCUGGUCGAUUCUAAAACGAAAAAGAACUCUCAUGGCUAUGGGUGGAGUAUACUGGUGGCCAAUGGGAGGCUGUUGUUGUCACAAGAAAAGGAAUUCCAGAAAGAAUUCUUCUUCCGGUUGAUUAAGCUGUUGUUUUCUUGAAACAAUGAUUAUGGUAAAUUGACGUUACGGUGAAUAUCCAUUUUGCAGCUGGUUUUUACUGUACUAGGUUAUAGUUUACAGGUUUGCUUUACAUUUUUGCAGGUUUGUCGAUACUAGGUCAGGUGACAAAAUUCCUGCAUACUGUCCACUGUUGAACUUUUUUUUUUUCCUUCUCUGUGUUUAGCUUAGGCAGAAAUUUUUCACUGAGAUUGUAUCAAAAUUUUUUUAAACCACUCUUCGUUUUUCUUUCUCUUCUUCUUCUCUCCUUUCUAUAUACAAAUAAGAUAAUUAU